AAAAUAACAGUAUGUUUUCAUUAAUUAUUAGUUUCACAAUUGUUUUGGCAAUUAGUGGCGAUUUAGAUGCCAGUUGUCAAUGGCCUCGACCGCCAAACUAUAACCUAAUUGGUCUAAAAUACUUAUUCACUAGCGAUCAGCAGCUAAUUAAACAAAUGGUUAAACUAGUUCAACAAAAAUGUCAAUUGUAUAAUACGACAGCUAAAUGGAUGAAACAACAAGGCCUUGACUAUAUGGCUGACAGAAAACUGGACAAUUGUUUUUAUGACAUACAGGAUACGAAACGUACUGUAUCGCCUAUCAAUCAAGUCAAAAAUCCAAUACUCAGGCACCAGUAUAUGCUUGUUGUAAUACAAUGGAUAGAUUUUUGGACAAUCUACUUAAAAAAUUGGCAAUUAAGCCAGAUGAAUUGUUCGUGGGAGGAUAUUGAAAAAUAUUACAAUUCAAAUAAAAAUGAUCUAGCUACUAUGGAAAAAAUUCUGGCCAUUAAACGUCGACAAGUUUUACAGGAAAUGCAAAUAGAAAUCGAUAAAGCUAACAUACAUCAACAAGAUCUAUUUUGGAUACCAUUCGACACAAUGACAUUAGAUGAAACAAAACGUGGUUUCGAAAUUGAUGAUAAACAAUUGUCAAAAAUAUCGGAUCAAUCGAUUAAAUUGAAAACAAUUUAUAUGUUGUUAAAUACGUUAGACUAUACACUACGCGGUUAUAAAGCUAAACAUUCGGAAUAACAAAAAUCCGGCACCAAUUCUUAGGACAAUCUGAUCACACUAUAUAUAUAUAUAUAUUCUA